GGACAAGAAGGAGCUGCGCUCAUCCCAGAGACAAAGCGCGGAAGUAAAGCUGUUAUAACCUGAGCUAGGAGCAGGAAGAGAGCAAGAAAACUUGAAAUACUGCACACCUUGUUGCAAUUAAAGCGGUGAAGGAGCGCUUUGCCAUGCCAGCCGCUGUCUGCAGGCGGGAUGGCAGAAGGAGCCGGAGCUUUACUUACAGACGUAGCCCUGCUGGUUUGUUCAGCGGACUGUUAAUUGUCACCUGAAGGCAGCCAUAAGGAGCAGUCCAGGGCAGCGCGGCGGCUUUCUGGAGUCAGCUUUCAGUGAAGCUGCAGGAGCACUUGGUGGAUGUUGAGCCAUGGAGAUGAAGAGGAGACUUCAAACCAUGCUGAUGUUGAUAUGGAUCUUUCCAGGUGACACCCGGAAGGUGGAGAUGCCCAGCAGAGAAAUGGAGGUGGUGAAAGGCCAGAUGGUGGUGUUACAGGCCUGGUACAGCCCCAGCUCUGAUAUCUCCCAAAAUACCGUCAUUUGGCACUUUACAGGGAACGACUCCAAGCAGGUGAUCAACUUUAGCUCAGGUAAAGUUGGGCAUGGACAAAACGAGUUCACCAACAGAGUGGGCUUCAGCGUGGCCAUGCCCUCAGCUAACCUCUCCAUCUACAUCAACAACACGCAGGAAACGGACUCCGGCCUCUACUUCUGCCACGUCAUCGUCCCUGGAGGUCACGGCAUUUCUGGAGAGCUGCGGCUUAACGUCAAAGUCCCUCCCUCGCCCCCUCUGUGCAGCAUGACGGGAAACCCGGUGGUGAAAGGCAACGUGACUCUGAGCUGCCAGUCCAGCCAGGGAAAACCUGCCCCUCAGUACAAAUGGACCAAGGCUGCGCCCACAUCUGAGGUCUUUUUCUCCCCAAUGCAAAAAUGGAGAGCCUGCCCCCAGCCCAUGCUUGUCCUUGGGUUCAUGGAUGAGAGACACGGCACCCUCAGGCUGAGCAACCUCACCAAAGGCAUGUCGGGGAAGUACAUCUGCCGAGCCAGCAACACGGCCGGUUCAGAUAGCUGCUCCAUUAACCUGGAGGUCAUCACAUCUUCCAACGCUGGAAUGAUUGCUGCAACUACUCUGGGAUCCGUGGUGGGACUGGUGGCCAUGGUGCUUAUCCUCGUAUUUAUACUGAAGAGGAGGCAGGACACUGAGGAGGAGAUGGCCAACGAGAUCAAGGAGGACGCUCAGGCACCAAAGCGAGUGUCUUGGGCAAAAAGCAACACCGGCUCAGACAUCGUGUCAAAAAAUGGCACCCUGUCCUCUAUAGCCACCAGCCCUCGAUCACAGGAUCAGCCCAAAUUCCCGUACCCAUACUCCCCCAUUUCAGCGUCAGACACAGGCUCGGUGAUCCAUGCCUACCAACUGCGACCCGGGACGGCCUGCAGCCUGCAGGGGCUUCCUGGAUACAAUAUGGGAGGCACUCCUUUGCGCAAACACAAGCGGCCCCCCAGUGCAAACGGAGGCCCCCCGCAGAUCCUCAGAAGCCCCGCUGUCAGCACCCCGCUAAAAAGGACUGAGGGGCCUCAGCCUCAGGUUCCCGCUCCAGUUACUGUGUCCCCACAGAUCAGCUCCUCCACUCUGACGCGCACGGGGGCCAUAGCCGUCAUGGUGCCUGCUCAGAGCCAAGCGGGCUCCCUGGUGUAGCCGGCAGGAGCCUUUCUGUAGAAGAUAGACGGAGAGGAUGCCUUGAGGUUGAGAACAUUUCCUCGUGAAGAUCUGAGCAGUUGUCCAAGUGGAAAAUAUCUGACGGGGGACUUGUACUUCAUUUGCAAAAACUCUUCCUUCAAGUUUUUGAAGAAACCAAACUCAGUGCAGCGUUCCUUGUUUCUCUUCAGCAUUUGUUUUGUAUGUAGCAUUCACGCUCAAUACAGAGAAAUAUAUUUUUUA